CAGUAUUCAUUGGUCAUACACGCGUGACGUCACAACUUGACAUGGCGGCGCUAUUGCCAUUUCCUGUCGCAUGAGGAGAGGCUCUAGAAAUUUGUGUCAACUCUUGAGGAAUUGACUUGCCGAAUGAUUGGUGUUUUAUGGGUCUGACAGAUGAACUUUAACCUUUUGUGAGGUUUGACAGAUACACCUUUAUGUACAUUACUCAGCAAGACUUAAACAAUACGAAAGAUUGAGAAUGUUCCUGUGACAUUUACCUGCUCUGUGUCAAAGCUAGAAUGUCUGGAACUUCAGACGUAUUGCACCAUCUUGUGAGCAGAAAAAGAGACGUGCACCAAAGGAUUGGAUGUGAUUGAGCCUAGGUGAAAAAGAUUCCAUCAGUAUGUCUCACAUUGCAGAGGAUGUGUUCAUCUACCAGGCGCGGCAGCAGUUUUGCCCCACCCCCACCGAGCAACAGCAGCACUGUAUUCCCAUCGACCCAGGGGAUAGGCUAGAAGUAAGCACAGACAGCGCCGGAGACAUGACUUCCAUCGAGGAGCCACAGGGCUGGGUCAUGGGGUGUAACCGCACCAAAAACCUCACUGGCUACUUCCCAGGCAGCAUGUUGAAAUAUGUUGGGCGGGACACAAGCUUCAAUGGGCCACAGAACUGUAACAGAUCACAGAGCGACAACGACGACUCGGGCUACGCAGGCACACCUGGAGGAGGUGCUCCCAAAAGGCCCCACAGGCUGAUAGAGACCCAUGUAGUCAAGCCCGUUCUGUGCUUUCAUUGUAAUGACUACAUCUGGGGGUCAGGGCCUGUUGGAAUGAAGUGUGAAGUGUGUGGUAAAUGCUGCCAUAACAUAUGCUCCACAGUUUCCAGUAACCAGUGUGGUCGACGGGUGGGGGUUACCACAGAACCCUAUCUGCCUGUAGAGAAGUGGUCUGUGAACAAUGUAUUGGAAUGGAUGGCCGCGCUUAACCUCUAUCGCUAUGCUGAUCUCUUCAAGACACAGAACAUCAAUGGAGCAGAGCUUCAAAAGAUGACAGAGGAGAGACUUCGGCAUAUGGGUAUUGAAGAUGACUUCCAUCUGAAAUCAAUCCUAGUGUGUAUAGAUGAGUUGUGUGGACAAAAUCCAGAAAAUAGACCCUAUUCAACAUGUCUUCCACCACCAGGCCAGUGUAUAGACCCAAUGGAAGGAACCUGUGGUCCGACCAACCAUAAUUUUGUAGAGUACAGUUUUUCAUCGCUACAGCGUUGCCACUUGUGUGAUAAGUUCUUGUAUGGCCUCAUGAGACAAGGUUUACAGUGCAGGGAAUGUGGGCUCUGUUGCCACAGAGUAUGUUCAACAACAAAACCAGCAGAUUGCAGCUUCCCGAAAUUCGAAAGACUGCGGCGUUCAAGCUUCUCUCAAAAUGCUGUUUUCGGCAUGGAAUUGUCAGAAAGCUUGUCAGCAUCCAACCAGGAGGCUCCUGUCGUUAUUCAGAAGUGUGUGGAACAAAUCGAAUCCUGGUGCUCAGAACACACUGCGGACGCCUUCAACAUCUAUCGCUUCUCAGCUCCAACCGAAGCCAUAAACCAGAUCAAGGCUGCCUUCAACCAGAGUGAUCCAGCAGAGCUUGAUCUCAGUGCAUAUGAAGUCCAUCAUAUAGGGGGCGCUCUUAAACGUUAUCUCAGAGAGUUGCCAAACCCAGUUAUCCCAGUGGAAUUCUAUGAACAGUUGAUAGAGGCAGCAAGACGGAAAAACGAGACCGGUAUUGUGGAAAUCUGUAACAAACUCCCAACAGCACACAGAAAAACUCUGCUGUUCCUCAUUGACCAUUUUGUUCGCUUGUGGCGCAUGUGGUACCAAAAUCACCGUGACAACCAAGCCGAAGCGUACAAGCUCGACAGGCUUUCGCAUGUAUUUUGUCAUAUCCUUCUCCGGCCACCAUGGGAGAACAUCAUUGAUAUAAUCAACAAUACCCAACUCCAGGUGGACAUUUUUGAGGCUUUGAUGAAAAGAAGUUUUAGCAGUGAGAAACCUCCACCUCCGCCAAGGCAACCUCCUGCAGGGCGACCAACUGACCACUUUGCUGACUCGCCCCUGCCAAAUUCUGCACCCACCCCCUCAGGUACCAGAUUAGAAGACUGUGAUUGGUACUGGGGUGAUAUCAGCAGGGAAGAAGUCAAUGAGCGGUUGAAAGAUCAACCUGACGGGACAUUUUUAGUACGGGACGCUUCAACUAAGACAGACUACACCCUGACGUUAAGGAAAGGAGGCAGUAACAAAUUGAUCAGGAUUUUCCACCAUAACGGAAAAUACGGUUUCGUGGAGCCUUACACAUUCAACUCAGUGGUGGAGCUAGUGGAGUACUACAGACAUAAUUCGCUGGCCAUCUACAACCGCACAUUAGACAUCAAACUAGAGUUCCCAGUGAGAAGGAAAAUACCGCCCCCUAGUGGUGUAGAUCCGCCAGACGUGAAGGAGAUGUUGAGUAAACUAAAGGAGAUGAACCAGCUGUACUUACAGAGGAGUGUGGAGUACGAUCGGCUAUACGACCACCACUCGAAAACCGCUCAGGAGUUACAACUGAAGCACCAGGCCCUGGAUGCGUUCAAGGAGACGGUGGCAGUGUUUGAGGAUCAGAUCUUGCUGCACGAGAAAUCACACAGAGAUGCGUUUCCUAAUGAAAUACAAAAGUUACACGAAAAUUUUGAACUCCUGAAAACUAGGCUGAUGACUAUUUGCGAGAGUCGAGAGGCAUUGGAAUUGGAAAUCCAAAAACAGUCCACAAAUCGACAGUUUAUAAGUGAAAUGAAUAGCACAAAACCAGAAAUCAAGCGGUUAUAUAGGGAGAGAGAAAGAUACAAGAAAAUGCUUUUGGAUAAUGGCUAUUCACAAGAUCUUCUGGAAGAAAUAUUAGAAGGAAAGAGCACUGAGGAAAGCCCUCACUGGUUGCCGCAUGAAGACUCGCGGACGUGGUUAGUAGAGUGCGAUCGUAAUACUGCUGAGAUGAAGCUGAUGGGACAGAAAGAUGGAACGUUCCUGAUCAGGCCCAGGGAUGGUGACCAUGUUUUAUCUAUUGUGGUACGGGGGCAGGUAGGACACUGUAAGAUCUACAAGCGAGAGACGGGCUAUGGGUUUGCAGACCCAUACUUCAUACACAGAUCAUUGGUUGACCUUGUCGUUCACUACAGUCAAACCUCGCUGGCAGAACACAACGAGAGCCUUGACCUGAAGCUAAGCUACCCUGUCAAUUAUUAUGCGCAGGAUGACAACAUCUACACUCGCAUGCAGCAUUGAUGAGCCAACAGCCUGGAGGUUUUCAAACACAAUGUCUGAACCACACAAGAUUAGUAGGUUGACCAGUUCCAGGGUGAGUGAAUAGGGCUGAGUCACGUUGUUCAGGGGCAUGCAACUUGUUAGCGGCUGGUGUGUGUGGUCAGAGUACAACUUACAGCCAGCUGGCCUGCUCGGCAGAAUAGAGCUUACAGCCAGUUAGCCUUCUCGGCAGAAUACAGCUUACAGCCAGUUGGCCUCCUCGGCAGAAUACAGCUUACAUCCAGUUGGCCUUAUCAGUAGAAUAUAGCUUGCAUCCAGUUGGCCUGCUUGGCAGAAUACAGCUUAGUCAGUUGGCCUUCACAGCAGAAUACAGCUUACAGCCAGUUGGCCUCCUCGGCAGAAUACAGCUUACAGCCAGUUGGCCUCCUCGGCAGAAUACAAGUUACAGCCAGCUUGCCUGCUCUGCAAAAUACAGAUUUCAGCCAGUUGGCCUCUUUGACAGAAUACAAGUUACAGCCAGUUGGAAAGUGGUUCUAAUGCUGAAGACCCCAAGGACAGCUGGACUUGGUUCCUGGUAGACGUGGCUUCAAACAGAUCGUGACAGACAAGUCCACUGUUGAAGAGCCUUCUAGCCACUAGAUUGUAAGUCUGUACGCACAGCAUUCAAACCUAACUGGUAGAAACGUCUACCGUAGACUGUCUUCAGAUGCUGGCAGACAUAUUUUACCACAUGUUGCUCAUUUGAACACUACCAAAUUUUAUAGUAUAUGACUAUAUGUAUACUAUAUUGUCUUGUGAUAUCAUCAUAUUGACUGAGACGUUCACUUAGGUGACUCGUGAAGUGUUCAAAUAAAAACGUUGUUUCCAAAUUAAACACUGCGUCCAAUCAAGACUGUGCUUUAAUAAUACAGAAGAAAAGGAAAUCUUAGCUGAUGUUGUGAGGACAGCAUCACUAUGGUGAUAUCAAGUCAGUGCCAGAUUCUUUUUAAGCAAGUGCAAUUGUCAUAUAUGUAAAUAGCUUCAUUUGUGGAUAGACUUGACUAAGAACCUACAGUUGUACAGGUUAUAUGUACAAAUGUUAAAGAAACUGUAGAUAUGGUUCAUUGCGAUGUCUGAAUAGUUAAAGCUGAAGGAUUGAUAGAGCUGGAAUGCUCCAUUCCCCCCUUUUUUCUUUUUUUUUUUU